AUGGCCUCUGAAGUGAAAAAGGCGAUGGACAAAUCUCAAAUAUCCUUUGACGAUGAUGCCAUAUCAACGAAGCCCUCCUCGCCCUUGAAAUCUGAUGCAAAUCCCGCUACUCUCAACCCUGUAAAGAUCCAACCAAACGACAUUGUCUUUGGCCGUGGCAAGGGAUACCACGGUCACCACGGCAAUGAGAAAAUGCGCCAAAUCGUGGAUAAAUACAAAAUGCAGUAUCAUGCCAUUGAUCGAUCGCAAAAGCGGGAGCUGGUGGAAGUCGUAUACCAUGAAAUUAUUCAAGAUGGUGCCCGUUUCUUGGUGAAGGGGUCCUCCAGUGAUGGAUAUGUCGAAGCAGGUCGCAUAAUGGCGCUUCAGAAAGUCAGCAAUGCAUUGCGAUGCAAAAAGAGCUUCAAACGGGAAACAACGGCUGCUUCAUCUCCAGACAAAAAUCCAAGUCUACCAGAAGAGUCGAAUGCAAUUGCAAGUGCUCUUGCAUCCCGACCUUUGCAUGAGGGGUUGUCGUGGCCAAAUCGGGGAGCUGGUGGAUUGGCAUCGUUGGAAUCAUCCUCAUUUAUGCAACCGAACAAUCUUUCCAAUCUUUUUGCAUCUUCAUUACUACCCUGGAGUUUGCGUACUCCAUCAUUAAGGGGUGACAUCCUAUCGGCCGUGGGAAUCGAUGCGGGAACGCUUUCAUUAUCGGGGGCCCUCCGAUCCGAUUUCUCUGCCAAUCAAGAACAGGCGCGGCGAAAUCUGGCACUGGAUAUUCCUAAUCCAUCAUCAUUAUUAUAUGCAAGAACGCCAGCAAGCCUACAGCCGAGUUUGGACCAAGUCGCUUUGUUAAGACAGGAACUGUUAUUGCAACAGCUGGGGGUAGCAAGCCUUGGGAGGUCGACGAUGGCAGGGGGGUCCAUAACGAACGACUUGUCGAAUCAUCGUCUGAUUAUGGAAGAGCUGGCGUCGCCUCGGGCAGUGCAAAGAAAUAUGGGUGGGAACAAAGAUACGGAAAGCAAGAAUUCGCAACGUAAGAAUCCUGGACUAUAG